AUGGCCGCCGCCGCCGUGAUCUCCAUCUCCUCCUCAAAGGUGGCUGCACUCGCUGCACUGUUCGUGGUGCUCGCGAUGUACGCCGAGGCGGCGAGCCCCAACGGCGGCUGGCAGGCGGCCAAGGCCACCUGGUACGGCGCGCCCAACGGCGCCGGCCCUGACGACAACGGUGGCGCGUGCGGGUUCAAGAACACCAACAAGUACCCGUACAUGUCCAUGACGUCGUGCGGCAACCAGCCGCUGUUCAAGGACGGCAAGGGCUGCGGCGCAUGCUACCAGAUACGGUGCCUCAAUAGCACCCACGAUGCUUGCUCCGGCAGAGCGAAGCGUGUGAUCAUCACCGACAUGAACUACUACCCGGUGUCCAAGUACCACUUCGACCUCAGCGGCACGGCGUUCGGCGCCAUGGCCAAGCCCGGCCUCAACGACAAGCUCCGCCACGCGGGCAUCCUCGACAUCCAGUUCCGGCGGGUGCCCUGCAACUACAAGGGCCUGAACGUCAACUUCCGCGUCCAGGUGGGGUCCAACCCGAACUACUUCGCGGUGCUGGUGCAGUACGCGGGCAAGGACGGCGCCGUGGCGCAGCUGGACCUGAUGGAGACCGACAGGGCGACCGGCAAGCCGACGGGCGUGUGGACGCCGAUGCGCGUGUCGUGGGGCGCCGUCUGGCGCCUCGACACCAAGCGCCCGCUGCAGCCGCCCUUCUCGCUGCGCGUCCGGAACGGCUCCGGCAAGACGCUGGUGGCCAGCAACGUCAUCCCGGCUGACUGGAAGCCGUUGACCGACUACCCCUCCUCCGUCCAGUUCCCCUAG